ACAAAAACACCAGGCCGCCUGCCGCAGAUGCGCGUGCGUGAUUGCAAAUACUGCGCAGCACAUGGUGGUAGCGUUUGGGAGCUGCGUGUGGAUAUACCAUCAAGGUUUUUAACUGCUAGCUUGUUUUAGCUCUCCCGCCUUCAGGUGGGUUAAAGUUUAUUUUAGCUACAAGCUCCGAGGUUAUCUUUGCACGCGAAAAGCUGAGAGUUAGGAGGUAUAACUGUGACUCCGACAGGACUUAAAAACAACUCGUCUCCCACGCCAAGAGAUAAACAUGUCGACUGGUACAAAACAAGUGAAAAGCUGCCCGAUUCCGACCCGGGUCCUCACCCUGAAGGACUGGUCCCAGCUGCCGGACUGUUACAGCCAGACUCCCGGGGGGACCCUCUUCUCCACCACGCCUGGAGGCACUCGCAUCAUCUACGACAGAAAGUUUCUGCUGGACUGUCGAAACUCCCCUCUUGCCCGGACGCCCCCGUGCUGUCUGCCUCAGAUCCCCGGCGUAACGGUACCUGCCACACACCCCAUGGGCAAACUGCAGGACCUCAAAGAGGAGGAGGAGGAGAAGGACGUCACAGAUGACAGUCAGUUUGAGAUGGACAUCUAAGCACCAGUUUUGCCUCCUGUGGAGAUUUAUUUGUUUAAAAAGCCUCAAGUCAUUAAUGACUGUAAUGCAUUACAUAUAAAGCUUUCUUUUUCACCUUUUUUAUUGGAAAAAAAAAAAAAGAAAAUGUGAGGAACUGAAACGUAAAGGUAAUUGAUUAGGGUGUGUUUUCCACCCCAUCUGGGAAGUUUGAAACAUCAAAAAUGGGAUUAACUGUUUUCCAUCAGGUCGAUUUGGUUGCUCACUUAUUUCAUAGCAGCUGUGGGAUUGAGUAGGAAGUCCAUUUUGAUUUACCUUUUUUAUCUUUUGUAAAUAAACUUGUGUCAUGCAGUCAAUAUUUUUAAGUUGAGGAAGAUGAAUACAUUAAGACAUGUAGAAACGGAUGUUUUUAAUGUAUGAGUCAGCCUUAUUUUCACCCCCCUGGAAAAGGGAGGGCAGCUUUAAUUACGAGUAAAUAAGGGUCUCCUGAUGAAGGGGUUGGGUUCCUACUAAAAAUCAGCUCUUACUUUGUUUUGUACGGCAAGAGAUGAGAUGUGAAAGUUUCAAAUAAAGAUUGUAAACUUUCA